AUGGAAACACCGCCAACACCCUCGUCCGUUCUUGUUCGCCAGGCAACAUCUUCAGCAGAUUUAGCUUCUGUAGUUGAGUGCUUCAAAGCUUAUACAGCCUGGCUGGACGAAGAUUUGACGCAUCAAAACUACAACGCCGAACUCAAUGGGCUACCCGGGAAAUAUGCGUCGCCUGCUGGGGCUCUCCUCCUUGCUGUGGACUCGGCAACAGACGCCGUGCUCGGCUGCAUUGCUCUACGGCCACUAAACCUUGAGCCCGUGUACUUGGAGUCUCGAUCAAAAGGCUUGCGCUACUGCGAACUCAAGCGCCUGUUUGUGUACCCAGAGGCCCGCGGGCGACGGGUUGCCAAGACUCUGCUGGUAGAGGCACAGAGACGAGCCCGGGAUGGAGGAUAUGAUGAGAUGCUGCUGGACACGCUCUCAAAAAUGACGGCCGCGAUUAAUCUGUACAAGUCUGAAGGGUUUAUAGAGGUGGAGCCGUAUAAUUCGAGCCCUUUGCAAGGCACCCUGUAUUUUGCGAGGCGGUUGCAGGCAUGA